AUGGAGCUUCGAGAGCGUGUCGAGAAGCUGUCGCGGGCGCAGGCGCCGACCCCCGUGCCACCCACGUCGAACCCGAUGACGCAGCGUCUCAUCUCUCUCGAACAUGACCAGAUGUCUCACCGCUGGCUCAGAGGGGUGAUGGCCUUCCUCGCAUUUCUGUGCUACAUGCUUUCCAUCUUUCAGGUGAGCGGGUACGCUGGUAACCUCGUGGUCCACGUCCUCAUUUUGGCCCUCUCCUUGGCGGGAGAGGUAUGCAUUGUCGCUGUCUACCGUAUAAAGGCGCGCUUUGCGGGUAUGACGAACCCAGCAAGUCAUGCCGUGAACUCCCUGCACUCCCCAUACCUGUCGCUGAUGCUGUGCGAGAUGCUGGUUUGGGUCAUUAUGGCCCCGCCCGGCCUCACGGACACUUCCACCUGGGCUCGGGCGCUGGACAGCUUCAUUGUACUGCGCUCGUACGUCUACGUGAUGUACCUCACGCGCCUCUCCACCCAGAGCGUCUUCACGCGCGCCGUGGCGUCGCUGUGUGGGUAUCGCUUCAACUCCCUCUACAUGUUCCGCCACACCUUUAUAUCUCGGCACGCCAUCGUGACGGCGUGCGGCUUUAUCGUGGCGUGGCUCGGGCUGGCUCUGCUCUAUACCAAGGGUGAGGAGGUCAGCUACGCGGACGCCGUGUACUUCUGCUCCUCCACCAUGGGUUUCGUCGGGUACAGCGACGUCGCCCCAUCGACGUGGGUGGGGCGGUUCACGGCCUUUCUCGCCUGGUGCCUGGGGUUGCUCGUCAUCGCCUGGUGCGUCAGCCUGAUGCACGCGCUAAUCCGGGUCACUCCGACGGAGCGCAACCUGCACACCCUCUUCCGUACCAACAAGCUGUGUGCACAAGUUCCUGGUGAGGCGGCUCGCACCAUCCAGCGCGCGUGGAAGCUCUACCUGGCAAAGCUAGAGAAGCGCAACCCGCUCUCCAUUCAGUUCAACGCACUGCUGCUGAGCAACCAGGCCUGCAGCUUUCGCUCCCUCCGCCGCGAGUUUGUCAAGUCCGAGAUGGCGUUCAUCCGCUCCACCUACACCUUUGAUGACGCCCUCACCGCGGUGAGCCGCCAGUCAUCUCUUCGCACAACUCCGACCGUGUCCCCGCGUUCGCCGAUGAGCACGGCCCUCAGCGCCAGCGGCGAGAUUCCCAAGAGCACCACUAGCCGGCGCUCCUUUUCUCUCUUCAAGGAGGUGAAGGUGAAGUCGCCGAAGAUUUCGCCGUUGCCUCCUGGCGCAAAUGAGGAGACAGGUUACUCGGACGGUGCUGCACCGCCGCCGGCGUCGUCGUCGACGUCACUACCAGUGUUGGAGCUGCGCGGGCUUGUCAAUCACCGGCACCUCAUGCACAGUAGCGCCGGUGCGUCCGCGAUGUCCAGCGACAUCACCAGGAGGCUGGCCCACAUCGAUGAAACCCUCAGCAUAUUAAUUCGAAAGGCGGAGCGCAUGGCGCCAAGAAUGCUUGCCUCCUCCACUGAGGUGGCGUCGUAA